AUGCCGAUGAAAGUGACCGUCUGUUUUGAUCGAGUUCGAGUCAUCGUUCCGUGUGGUGAUGGACACAUCCUGGUCGGGGAAUUAAUCUCAAAAGCUAUUUUACGGUACAAAAAGGCAAUAGGAAAGUCAAAUGAGCAUUGGGUGACUGUACACAACCUAAAGACCAGCACUGAUGGGGGAAUCCUUGACCCAGAUGACAUACUCAAUGAUGUGGUGGAUGAUAGAGAACAGCUGAUAGCUGAUUAUGAGGAGCAGGGAGGAAGUGGUUACCAGCCUCAUAAUGGAGAUGGAGCAAGUGCCAGUUCAGCAGGAACUGCUAGUCCAGACAUAUUUCAUCCUCCAGCCCAAAGUCCAUCCUUCUCCCGAAAGGAGCUGCAGGAAGAUCAGCAUGACAUUGUGGUCACUCCAAAGGAUUUAACAACAGGGUCAGGACUGACGGUCAGACAUGGCAGUGAACCCAUGUUGAAUGUGACAGAUGAGGACCGGUCAACAGAACCACAGUUAAUGGUCAAGCCAAUUAAGGUAAAUGAUGAAGCGAAGCCCACUGGAAUCAUGCAUGUCAAACAAGCAUCAUUGGACGAAGGCAAAUCUAGGAACCCUUUCAGUCGGUUUGCAAGGGAUUCCUGGAGACAGUCUGUUGGAAGUCGUCCAGAUAUGUACAAAUGGUUGGAGGCCCAGGAACGACAGCAGGACAAGUAUCAUCAACCAAUGGAGAGACGAGAGCCUGUUGGUAGUGUUAGUAUGGAAACCAAGGAAGACAACUCUGUUUCCCAGCCUGUAAUCAAACCAGCCCUGACGCCAAACAUAUCCGAUCCUGUAGAAAUUAUUCUCAUCAAUGACGGAGGUCCCCUAGGUAUCCAUGUAGUUCCUGAGUACAACGAAUCUCAAAAGGAGUUGGGUUUACUGGUACAAGGAAUAGAACCAGGUGGCAAAAUUUUUAAAGAUGGUCGUCUUAGUGUCAAUGACCGAAUUGUUACCAUAAAUGGAACUAGUUUACAUGGUGUCAGUUUUACCAGGGCUCAAGACAUAUUUCGCAAGGCUAUGACCACAUCAGAAAUACAACUGUUUGUAGUAAAGAAAAAAGCAUCUCUGCCAAAAAAUCCUCCUCCACCUGUUGCCCCCAAACCUCGCAGCCACACACCUGUUAAACCAUCUCCUCUGACUCUCCCUAUUAAUAAUAAGCUAGAUUUGGUAGACCAGUUAUCUCCCCUUGGCCCAGAGAUCACCAGUACACCGACAGGAUCUGUACAGAGCACCAGUCCAGACACACAGGAUGGGAAGUCACCCCUGUCACAGCGUACCUUCAGGGAGCCAAUCAGAUCUGGACACCAUCAUGCCAACCCAUUGUCCCCAAUCAAGAAGGUCCCUCCUGUUCCACCAGCAAGAAAUCCAAAGACCUCUCUCUCAGCAAAUCCGGAGCCAACCAUCUCAACCAUCAAGGCUCCCACCAAUACCAAGAGAAUUGGCAAGAAAAUAGCCAUAGAACUCACUAAAGGUCCACAGGGACUUGGGUUCAGUGUUACAACCAGAGACAACCCUGCGGGUGGGGACUCACCCAUCUACAUCAAAAAUAUACUCCCAAAAGGAGCUGCCAUUGCAGAUGGACGACUGAAGGCUGGUGACAGACUUUUAGAAGUGAAUGGUGCUGACAUGACUGGUAAGACUCAGUCAGAGGCAGUAGCACGACUUAAGAAUUGUGCCAUGGGUAGUCUUGUCAAAAUUGUUGUGUCCAGACAGGAAGUGGAACAAGAGGAGAGAUUUCGUGUUCCUCGCAAACUGGAUAAUGAGAAAGAAAACCAAAAACAAAAUGUCUUACAGCCCUCAGAAAAGUCUGGUGAUGAUGGUACGCUUGUGGGAAUGAGGAACAAGGAGAUUCUUACCCUCGAUAUUCCACUGAAAGAAUCAGGGUCAGCAGGUUUAGGGGUCAGUGUCAAGGGUAAGACCCAAACUACAGAGCACGGACAAAGGGAUCUGGGCAUCUUUAUCAAAGCUGUGAUACAUGGAGGGGCUGCUUCCAAGGAUGGAAGAUUAAUUAUCAACGACCAGUUGUUAGAAGUAAAUGGUGAUGUGUUACAAGGGCUAUCUAAUACAGAAGCCAUGGUAACGCUACGGAAUUCUAUGCAGAAAGAUGGACCGUUAUUAGGACAUAUACACCUUGUGAUAGCACGGAGAAUAGGGGCACCGUCCCCAUCCCCGUAUCAGGAGUACAGUACAGAUUACAUGCUGUUUGAUGAACAGCGGACUAGUGGUGAUGAUAGUCAGGAAAAUAGGGUUGAUAUAGAAAGUGAACGGACGUCAGGUGCUAAGGGAGGUAACUCUAAAGAAAGUAACAACAAUAUCAAAGAUUAUAUAGAUGGUGCUAAAGCACAAAACUCUGCAUUGGAGCGACUGAUGAGUGGGGGUAAUGGCCUGCGAAAUGACUCCUACACACGGGCUACAAGUGAUCAAGAUGUAGAAGGGGUAGGGCUCCGUAAUGAAUCUUACACACGAGCCACCAAUGAUAGUGCUAACAUGUUUUUACCAGGAAUGUCUCCUGCAGCUAGUCAUCAGCGCAGUGCCCCCACCCUCAGGCCCCGGGGGGUGGAAGCAGUGAUGAUUGAGGAUGACUCUAGCCAUAAAAAGCAGAAUUAUGACAUGAAGAUGCGUCCACAUUCAACGCUGGGGAUCCUGAGAGGGUCCCCGCCCAAUUCCAACAGUAGCAGCUCUGAGGACCUAAGGGAACAGCCACCUAGCUGGCUGCGAGGCCCAGACUGGAAUCGCCAUCCAAGUACACCCAGUGAUAGACAUCCUAGUACAACUAGUGAUAGACAUCCUAGUACAACUAGUGAGGAGCCUAUGAGUCCCUUGGUGGCUGAACCAUUUGCACGUGAUGGUGUUGGGCGACAGAGUAUGUCAGAAAAAAGGCGUGGCCAUCAGGACCCAAGGGGCAGCGAGUAUUACCAGCGAGCCAAAACCAUAAGGGACAGUCAGAAAGAUGAAAAGACAAAAAAGCGUCGUUCAGCCUCCUUUCAUGUGGCAGGUCAAGGUCAUCAGCGACGAGCCCCAGGUAUGGUACGGGUCGGCUCGGCCGAGUCUCUCAUCAGUCGUUCCAAACCUAACAUUCCCCCACUACAGCUGCAUGGAAACAAAGGGACUGGUGAGAAAGUGACAUCAAGCUCUAAUCUGAAGCGGUGCAGUUCCCUUGAGAACCUGACUAUGACUGGGCCAGGCGACCAUGACGACAGUGGUGAGAUAGCAGACAGCGAUGAUGAUGACCCUAGUCAGGAGGAGGAUGCUCCGGUAGUACCUCGAUCCAUGAUUGCGAGGGGACGGGGUACAAAUGACAGUUUUAGGGCUGCAGUCGACAGGUCCUAUGAUCCUGUGGAACAUUCCACUAUGGAAACACGGGAAGGUAUGUAUAGCAAUAGGGACGGCUACUAUCACGACGGCGGACACAAACCUCUGUCUCCUGAAGGCAGUAUGGGGUUCACAUAUUCGGGAUAUGUUGAAGAAGAGAGUAGUGGAGAGUUCUCAGGGAGAACAAACUCAGCUAGAUCGUCAGUGAGCAGUGAGGCUACAAGUGAUGACAAGAAAGGGGGCAGACGGAAAAAUAAGGAAAAAAAGGGAGGAAAUAUCUUUAAGGGUAUUUUCAGGCUCGGUCGAAACAAAAAGACUGCUGAAGAAAAUAACAAGGCUGAUCAGACGGACAAACAGGAGGAAGAAGCAGAGCGACAUUUUAUUUCGCGGGAGAAUAAGCAGCGUGAAACAGAAAACAAUAUGGGUCAACGAUGGACAUCAGUACCUGACACACACCAGACUUUCCCAGUCUCUCUUCCACAACAGCCCUCGUCUACCUCCUUAGAUGGUGAACAGAUCACUCGUGGAGCCACACCCAACAAUAUGUCACGUGCUGAGUGGAUCCAACACUUGCGUAUGGAACAUCAACGAAAACACAAGGAGCGUCAGGGACGUUACCCGCUUGAUGAUCGUGAGGAAGGGUACGAACGGGAGUUACAGGCAAAAGAGGAACAACAGGUAGUACAACCCAUGUACAGGCCAGACAGACCACACUCAAGGCUUGCAGAAGAAGGAUACAGAUAUGAAAGUCAAACAAGGUCAACAUCAAGUGAAGGUUAUUCAUAUGAAGGUCAAGGUCAUCCAAGGUCACGGUCAAGUUCUAGACAACAACAGUAUGAAAGGCAGCCACCACCACAACCUCACAGCUACACAGAUUACAUGUACCAGAGUGCUCCCCCAAACAUUCCAUAUCAGCCCCCUGCACCUUGGCCCCAUCCAGGCCGAGAUAAUCCGUCUCUUCAGCAUAAUUAUCCCCACAUGCGUCAAAACAGUGAUACUUACUCAGACCAGAACCGAGAUAACUUUGUGCGGCGUCCCCUUUCUCGCAGUCAUACACCUGUAGAACAUUGGCGUGACGACCAAUUGAGUUACCAUCGGAAACCAUUGUACCCGCCCACUGAGGUACACCCAAGGGAAAAUAGUUAUACUUAUAAUGAUACAGUCUACACAUACAGAGAACCUUUAUACCCACCAGUAGCAGGCAAAAGACAAGUACAUACAAUCACGCAGCCAGGCUCAGCUAAAGUAUGAACAUCACACAGCCAGACUCAGCUAA